UUGGGAAAUCUCUUAGUUGUAGGCGAAGACACCUCUGGUGAAAUAUCUCCUAAUGCGAAGGAGAUAGUACCUCCUUCAAAGAAAAUUCGUGAAGUCAAUGAGUAUUCGAUUAAUUCUGGACAAAGUGAAGCGGUUUUUACAAGCGAGAGCGAAUGCGUGGGCCCUCCUGGUCUGCCAGGGAUGAAUGGAUGGGAUGGUGCCGAUGGAGUACCAGGGCAUCAUGGACCAAAAGGACUCGAUGGCACCUUUGACGUAUACGAAGACGGCUGUAUCGUUUGUCCACCCGGCAAACCUGGGAAUCCAGGACUCCCAGGACCUCGCGGAACAAUCGUAGGUGCUAACCUAAACUCAGACAGUUGA